UUUUUUGUUUUUCAGGAUGAGAAAACUCAGUAUACUAUUUGCACUUUUAUCUGUAUUAACUGUUCAAUGUUCUGGAUAUUACGAUCACGCUAAAUGGCAUUGUGGAAUUAACAAACUGACGGAAACAAUAUCAGAGUGGCUAGCCAAACCUUUCGACUACCAUGGUGUGAAUCAGUGCUGCCAGGCUCACGACGAUCACUAUUAUCAUCAUACACUGUCGAGAGAAGACGCUGACAGAGUUUUCUGUGACUGUUUGGAAGAGAACGCUAACUGGUUUGUUCGAAAUCUCAUAGAGCCAAUUUUCUGCAAGUCUGUGCAAACCUACGCAAUUUGGCAGAAAUUCACAAACCAGAAUUCGUGGUCUUCUCAAUUUACAAUAAAACCACCAACAACAACUACUACAACCGAGUCUCCGCUCAAUUACUAUCUAGAGCUUCUUCAUCAACGAGAAAGAGAGUUUGAAUUGAGAAAAGAACAGGAAGCCAGGCGGCGUGAAGAAUUAGAAAGGGAGAACGAGAGAUUCCGUCAAGAGUGGAAUUUUUUCCAGCAGUCCAAAAGGCAGCAGUCAAAAUUUGAAUGGAACUAUUAAUUGUUGGCGAUCAGACUGUUGUUUUACUUUUUGCCAUGUCCAUUUGGUUUUCAGAACUGGUAGUCCUAUAUCUCAUAGGCAGUCGUUUCCAAUAUUUUUCUAACACACUAACUCACCGUUGUAUUCUCAAAAUUGAAAGUAGCAACGCAAAAAUUGUCCCGAUAAAUAGCCCUGGUACAACAUCCAAGCACACUGUUGCAAAGAAGGUGAUUGCAAAUAUUGCCUAAAACUCAAGUCCCGUUAUUGUUAUCAGAAACUUUCCUGUGUCAUUCAUACUUACCCAAUCAUAUUUAGAAACUCUCCAAAGUGUUACAAAAUUUUGAAGAUGUAAAAACAUUCCUCGAAGUGCCACAAUGACAAUGCACGAGAGUAAACACUAUAAUUCAAAUUUUUAUGAAAAAUCAUAUUGUUCAAAAACAUGUUCUCACCAUUGGUAAACCCUCCAGAUAUUGUCCGAUAAAAAACAGAACUAAUGUGAGAACCAAUGCUGAGAAUAUAGCCGAGAUCUGCAAACCAACCAUGUUUCUACUUAACCAUAAAAACCUCAUAUCAAUAUUAUAUCAAACACUUAAUCAUAAUAAUAAAUUUCAAUCCAGUACAUUUAAUAUUUUCAUUUCCUCUUUUUUUUGCAAACUUUUUGUAUAAGACAUGACAAAUUUAAUUUUUCUUUCUACUGCAUUGACUUUUUUUCUGUAUUUUUUUCACCUCUGAUCUGAUUCUUUGAAACUAAAAUAAAUGCUUUGAUAUUAA